AUGAACCAUUCGACGAGGAAAAGUUAAAGGAUACUGGAGUACUGCUAUUACGCUUCAUGGACAUUCAACGAUAGUUCGUGUUCAGUGAUUUCGAGUGAUUGAUAUUAAAAAUUGAUCAAAUUGAUAAUUUUUUCACUCCAAUCUUUAUGAAAGAGUCAAGUCCAUAGAAGGCAAUAGAAGAAAUAACUUAAAUCAGUCGAAACGGUGUUAAUUUCUGCAGAAUCAAAAAGUCGUGAAAAAACUGUGACCCGCCCAAAAAUACACCUGAAAACAAAAAGGAUUGAAAAUAAAAAUUUGCUUGAUAAUCGUAGUGAAUUUAAACCACCUAAAAUAAUAUUUAAGCCAUUUUAUUAGAUGUUGUUUAUUAGAAGAAAAUUGCGCCAUUCUCACGAUACUAUUGUGUGCUGAAAUCUGGGACCACUAGAAAUCUACAUCAAGCCGUGCAGUCCAGUGUGAAAAACUUUUCAGUAUAUACAUACAUACAUACAUACUUACAGACAUAAAAACGUACGUACUCGAGAAAAAGGCGAGCUGCAGAUUUGCAAAUACAUUUUGCCGAAACUAUAUAAGCAAUAUAUAAAACAAACUUUAGUAUGGACGGCGCCACUGUUAGCCCAAUCCCUGAGGCCCCUCUUGCGAUGAUGGAAAUCGAGAAAACACCACCAAGAAGCCCCAACAGCCAUAAUAUGCCCCCACCGCCGAAUGAAAAGCGCUACGAUGAAGACGAUGAAAGAAUUUGGAACUGCGGAGCGUGGUUCGAGUACAUAUUAGUCGUAGUGGUAUCUUCGAUUUUGCUCAUUGCCGCUUCAAUAUUAACCGUGUUUUGGAUAAUAUACUACCGCAAAGGGUUCAACAUGGAUGAUCCGAAGCUGCAGUUCAAUCUGCAUCCGGUAUUGAUGGUUGGCGGUUAUAUAACACUUUCCGGAUUCUCUAUUUUGCUGUACCGAAUCUGUCGCUGCUGCUCUCAUUUGAUCGUCAAACUGUGCCACACAUUUUUCCAUGCUUGCUCAAUUCCGUGCAUCGUAAUUGGAUUCUUGGUGGUGUGGGACUCUCACAAUCAAGUGCAAACUCCGCAUUUUCACUCACUUCAUUCAUGGCUGGGUUGUAUCACCAUGGGAUUAUUCGGAUUACAGUUCAUUAUGGGAUUUUUCAGUUUUCUCAUCUUGCUGUGCUGUGAAAAUGCUACAUACAAAUUUCGAUCAACAAUGGUGCCAAUCCAUGCGAGCUUUGGAGUUGUUACCUUCAUGUUGGCAGUUGCUACCAGCGUAACAGGAUUAACCCAAAAAGCAAUUUUCGAACUCGGAGACAGCUAUACACAAACAAUAGAGGAGGGAAUAAUCAUCAAUUCAAUCGGAAUUGUAUUAACCGGUCUCGGUAUCAUCAUCCCAUUUGCCGUUAGACGUUCUAACUCACCAGCGAAUUUCAUGGUUUACGUUACUGAUCGUAUAUAAAAUGAAUGAAAUAUUUCUUAGUGUUAAAUUUAAGAUUGCUAGUACAACUCGAAAUAAAAUACUUAAAAUAA